AUGCCCAGAUUCCCGAUUAAGCAACACCACGAUCCGCACUUAAUUUUUCCCUCCGACUUCUUUCUUCCUGAAGCUACAGAAUCUCCCAAAUCUCGAAGGCAUUUAUGUGCUACUUGUGUAUUAGAUGCUGAUAAAUGGACCUUGAUAGCAAGACGUUUGGAAGAGGGCCUAGAGAACUUACAGGUGCUGUGGAUCUUAUUAGUCACUACAGAAAUCAGAAAAGGGGAAGGGAUGCAAUUAAGUCAGCUUAUUCAGGAUACGUCCUUACCAAGGGAGAGUAAUGUACGCAUACAACCAUUUGACCUGGAUGUUCUCAGAGAUGCCUUUCAACUUCGGGAGACGGCUCGCAUCGAUCUACCUAUUUCUGAGAAGGGUACUCCUACAAUUGCUGGGAAAAGUAAAAAUGAGUUUAAAGAUAAGGAAAAGAAGCAUAAAAAGCACAAGGAUAAAGAGAAGGAGAAAGAUAAAGAUAAAGAGCACAAGAAGCACAAACAUCGUCAUAAAGAUCGAAGUGAAGACAAGGACAAGGAGAAGAAGAAAGAUAGAAGUGGCCAUCAUGAUUCUGGCGCAGAGCACUCAAAGAAACAUCAUGAAAAGAAGAGGAAGCAUGAUGGGGAUGAUGAUACCAAUGAUGUGCAUAAACACAAGAAAAGUAAGCACAAGAGCUCAAAGAUUGACGAGAUGGGUGCAGUAAAGGGAUCUUUUAUACACUGUUGUCGAAUUAUCCAAGAAUUUUCGAUGAACUUCUUAAAGUUUGCCAAGAAGCUGAAUUCACUUGCAAUUCACUUGCUGAGUAAAAUUUAA